AGAAGUAAAGAUGAUGGGGAUGAUAAAGAAAGUGACAAUGCCGGAAAAAAGGAUGAGUAUAAUGAUGAAGCUGAUGCAGAAGAUGAGCAUGAAGAUGAAGGAGAUGACGAGGAUGACGAUGGUGACUAUGCGGAUCAAGAUGACGAUGUAAUGAGGACUAUGAUGCGAAUGAUGAUAAAGAUGAAAAAUACGAUUACGAUGUGGAAAAUUAGUAAGAUGACGACGAUGAGAAUGAUCAUUCUGCUGUUACUGAAGCUGCUGAAGAUGGCGAUGAUGGUGAUUUUUGCUACAAUUAAUAGUAAGUUAGUACGUUGUGGCACCGGUUAA